GGCAACGCGUCAGUUGAAACACGCGCAGCUAGAUGGCCGUCUCAGGUGACGCUGCCAGGUUCCCACACAGUCGGGGACACCGAUACUCCGUGUUUACGUUGAUGGAGCAGAUUAAAGCGACAAACUGGGAUCAAGCUCUCAGGUCGGAGACGUUAAUAGGAAUCUAAUGGAGCGCUACGAGUCACUGGGUCCAGUUGGGGAGGGUAGUUACGGUACCGUGCUCAAGUGCCGGCACCGAGACUCCGGUCGUCUCGUCGCCAUCAAGAAAUUCGUGGAUUCAGACAAUGACAAGACAGUGAAGAAGAUCGCCCUCAGGGAAAUCAAGCUGCUCAGGCAACUCCGUCACGACAAUCUGGUGAACCUUCUGGAGGUGUGGAAGCGACGUCGUCGCUGGUAUCUGGUGUUUGAGUUUGUGGACCGGACUCUUCUGGAUGAACUGGAGCAGAAGUCAAGCGGGUUGGACCUCAACACCUGUCAGCAGUACUUAUUUCAGAUCCUUAGAGCUGCCAACUUUUGUCAUCAGCAAAAUGUCAUCCACCGUGACAUCAAACCUGAGAACAUCCUCAUCUCUCAGGAGGGUGUGGUCAAACUGUGUGAUUUUGGAUUCGCCCGAACCAUUGCAUCGCCCUCUGAAGGCGGCGUAUAUACCGACUACGUAGCCACUCGUUGGUACAGAGCUCCUGAACUGCUAGUAGGAGACAUCAAGUACGGCAAACCGGUGGAUGUUUGGGCCCUGGGUUGUCUGUUAAUAGAGAUGUUAACUGGACAACCUUUGUUUCCCGGAGACUCCGACCUUGACCAGAUAUACCACAUUGUCAGAUGUUUUGGUAACUUGACGGCUCAUCACCAGGAGUUAUUUCACAGAAAUCCCAUCUUUUCUGGAGUUAAACUGCCUGAGUGUUCAAAAACAGUCCCACUGCAACAACGCUUCCCCACAAUCCCGCCAACUGCCCUUGACCUGGCACAGAAGUGUCUAGAGAUGGACCCAAAAAGACGAGCACAGUGUUCAAACCUGUUAGACCAUCUUCUGUUCACCCAAGGAUCUUUCAGCAUCAGAUUUUUAGAUGAGCUGAACACUAAAAUCCAAAAAAAACACAGAGAGAACUCUACUCUUCCCAAAAUACCCAAAACCACACUGCAAGACGACGGAAAAGGGGAGGACAAAAACUGCAUAAGCAAAGACAAGAAACAACUGGAAGAAAUGGAAGAGAAAGGAAACAAGGAAAAGAUGGAAAAAACAAAGGGAAAACAACCGCCCAAGCUGUUUAAAUCAAUUCAUAAUACAACCGAAUCUUUUAUGACCAAACAACCUAAAACAUUUAGCAACAAGGCUAUCAAUCACACAGAACAGUUGUCAAUGAAACCAGAAAAAACAAGUAGUUCAGGAUUAAAGGAGUUAGAGGUUUUAAAGUCAACUAAAAUCUGUAUCUCUGAGUCAGCAGAUGUUACCAAGACAGCAGUAAGCUUAAAGAAGAAAAGCUCACUAGCAGCAACACCUAAGCAUGAAUGGGGCGUGUCUCCAGAUACAAGAAAAGACCACCUUCACAAUGCAAAAGACAUAGACUACAGUAACCAGGACAGUGAGAAAAUUCUUCUAAUCGGGGAAUUAUUGAAAUCUGAGCCAAGCAAAGAGUUUGUAAGGAGCUUAAGCAACCUUAGCUUAAACAUUUCUAAACUGUCUAAGAUUGCCAUCACUGAUGGUCAGAGUUUAAAUUCAUCUCCAAAGACAGUUUUGGAAUCUGAUGCAAGUGUAGAACCUACAUUUCCAUUACUAUCCUUCAAUGACUAUACUGUCCCGACAAUGCUUGAUGUGACAAGGUCAGGGAAGACAAGUUUGGCUUUAAAGGUUCAGACGGACAUAUUGGAUGGUGAUGCAAAGCAAAACAGCUCUGAAUGUCCAAAGGUCCAACCCAAAAACCCCAGGAAAUCCCAAAUUAUCUCAACUAGUGUCCAACAAAAUCACGACAACACCUCCAUCAGUCAUUCAAGGGCUGCUGUAGAUCUUUCCAGUCAGACAUUUAUGACUGUCAGAGAACCCAGUGCUGCCUACAACCUAUCUGCCCUGCCUCGAGGAAUCUCACAUUCAACAGUGCCCAAAACAACCUAUUCUACAAAGACACCUUCGAAAGACAAGGAACCUACAGAGAACCAUGAAAUGAGGAAGUAUCACAGAUACCCAAAGCUGAAUCCAAUGACAGAAACUCCCACAAAACCUAUAGUGUUGUCCCAUAUUUUAGAUGGGGAUCGUGAAUCAUCAGAGCCUUAUUUUGCUUUUUGGCAAAGCAACGUGAUCACUGAAGAAGUAAAAUUGACCUCAACCCCUGUGUUGGAUGAAAACUUAUCAGUGGAAAAAGCUCAAACGGUGUCAGUGAAAGAGAACCAAGAGGACUUACCCAUUUCUGUGUGCAUUAAUAAAACCUUAAAGCCUCCUGAAAGGUCAGCUAAUGACAGAGGGAACAAUAGCAGCCAAGAGUUCAGAUUUGAUGUAAAAACCUUGAACCUUUCUCACCACAGUCAGCAUCCAACAACGGGUCAAUCUUUUAGUGACCACCUGAGGUCCUCGGUGAACCCCAAGACUCAAAAUAUUACUUUUACUCCAGAUGCAAAGAAGAAAAGCAACAAACUAGAAAUAAAUAGCACACAUAUGUCCACUUAUUUAACUUCAGUAAUGUCUGGAGACCACAAAGCUUUGACGAGAAGCCUCAUUCUUCAUGAAAAAGACACUGCAGACAUUGAUGAAUUUAAUUACAGUGUACUCCAAUCAUGUACACCUUCUCCUCCUCCAGCUCCUGCUGCCAAUUGUCUACACCUCCCUCCAUCUUUCAGGACCCUUGCCCCUACCAUCUUUCUCUCCAGUAGCAACAGCCCUGCUCCCAGUGACCACCUUAUCCAGGGAGGAGGUUCUCAUACCGGGACCAACAGUCUUCGAAAGAUAGACCAACCAUUUGGACUGAACCAUGCUACAAGGUCCUUCGCCUUUCAGGCAUCAGGAAACAGUUUUAUAAAUGAAAGGUCUAAAAACAGUGUCCAUUUCCCAGAUGUAAGAAGCUCAGUGCUGCCGGAGCUCAGUGGAAAAGAAGGUCAGUUCGGAUUACCCAAAUUAUUGCUAUCUGCUAAAAGCCAAAAUAAUGAGAGAUUCUUAAACACUUUCUUCAAGCCAAACAGAACAAAGGUGCUACCAAGGAACAGAGAACAGAAAAGACUCCAGUCUCAUCAGACGGACAAUAGGGACAAAACUUCAACACAAAUACACCAAAACAGCUGGAGUAAAAGCAGUAACAUUUCCUACCCUCAAAAUAUCCUGAUUUUUUAUUAUUUCAUUUUGGUGAAAAAAAAACUGUUGAACUAUACCACAAAUACUGAAUUCAGAUUCUUAAAUUGUUUUCUUAUGUUUACACUGAUUUAGCUUAACUGUGCUAAUGUAAACAAAUAUAUAGUUAUUGUUUCUAACCAAACAAACCUAUGAUAAUCUACAUAGAGCUUUAAACAACCACUGAGUAUUAAACAUUGUUAGUGAAUGAUUUUUUUUGGUAUUUGUAUGGUAAAACACUACACUUGGAAUCAAACUGUAAAUGUUGAAAAAAAAAUGGUUACUGCAAGUAUUUUCUGAAGGAAUCAAGAAUAAACAAGCUGUGAAACAACA